UUAGUACAAUGGCCAAACAAAACGAUUUCCUAUUGUUUUCUUGCUCGAAAUUAUAAAAAUUAAAAAAAUAGAAAAUGUAAACAAUCAUCUUCGAGUUUUCAAAGACCUGUGCUUCCUAGAGUUCCUAUGCGUGAUUUUAGUAAUAAUUUGUUGUGCGAGUAAAAUCGUCGGGUUGUAAAGAAAAUUUGUGGAAUUUCGGAAUUGUGAAGUGUUGCAAGUUGAUUAAAAAUGUCAAAUAUUGCGGUGUAAAGAAGGCCUACGAAGGCACUACUAUAAUUUACUAAUGUAACUAAUAAUGAAGUUGAUUUUCUUGAAAUAUUCAAACAAUUUUAACAAUCGUAUAUUUAUAUAUAAGGUGUUAUACACAUUACAUACAUAAAAGUUUCAAAAUAAUUCCGUCUAAAGAUCUCCUUGGCUGUUACUGCUAUGGCUUUCAAUAUUUCGGCCGUCAGACAUGAAUCACCUGGUGUCGAAUUAUUUGAAGGAUAUUCAGAAAAGCUUUUAAUGUUUGCUUCAGUCGCUUGUAUUAUAUUCAUGAUCGUAGGUAUACCAGGGAAUAUGAUAAACAUAAUCGCUCUGGCAAGAGGAAAACAGACGCGGAAUUCAACGGCGAUUUUUAUAAUGAAUUUAUCAUCAUCGGACUUGCUUUUUGACUGCUUCAAUCUGCCAUUAGCAGCUUCGACAUUUUUGAGGAGGUCCUGGAUUCACGGAGAACUACUUUGCAGAUUCUUCCCGCUUAUGCGUUACGGUUUGCUGGCUGUUUCGCUUUUUACCGUGUCACUCAUCACCAUUAACAGAUAUAUUAUAAUUGCUCAUCCUCGACAGUAUUCCCGAAUAUAUCAACGACGUUAUUUGGCUUUAAUGAUUGCGGGUACAUGGAUAACAGCUUUUUCUAUAAUGAUACCGACCUGGCGUGGUAUUUGGGGCAGAUUCGGACUAGAUACUUCUAUUGGGUCCUGUUCCAUACUGCUCGAUAAAAACGGUCAUACGCCAAAGGAAUUUCUUUUCAUUGCAGCUUUUGUGGUCCCUUGUAUUUGCAUUGUGGUUUGUUAUGCCCGAAUUCUGUACCUUGUGCGGAAGGCGGCAUUUAGAUCGCGAGAAACUCCUGGCAAAAAUAUUACAUUUCAAAAUGAAGCGCCUACUUCACGGCGCCCUAAUUCCGAAAAAAAUCAAACUAACAACCAAGAUUUAGCGUUAAAAACACCGAAUGUCGUGGAAAAUCAACCGAUUAUCAAACCAUUUGACGUCUAUGAAGAUUUGGAAUAUAUAGAUGUAAGCGAUUCAAACGACAAUGGUCAAGAAGUCGAUGAGAUAAUUAAAGUUAACAAUAGUGGUAACAACACGAACGUGAAGGAAAAGCUGAAUGAAGCAUCAAAAGCACAAAUUGUUGAUCUGGCAAGCGAGUCAAAGAAGACGCAAUCUCAUAAAGGAUUCAUAACCACAUCUCUAAAAACAUCGUUCAAUAGGAUCACACCCCGAAAAAGCCAUUAUGUUUCAAUGGGAAAUACAUCGAAUGCCUCCUCUAUAUAUCCGGGGAGAAUGAGUCAGAAGGAUCGAAGGUUACUGAAAAUGAUUUUGGUUAUAUUUAUAUCUUUUCUUUUCUGUCAUUUACCAAUAACUGUAACCAAACUUUGGAAGAGCACUACAGAUUUGCAUAUUGUUAAUAUCAGUGGCUAUUUACUGAUAUAUUUGACGACUUGUAUAAACCCCAUUAUAUAUGUAAUGAUGUCUAGUGAAUACAGACAAGCAUAUUGGAACUUAUUACGAUGCCGGAAGAAAGUGUGAAUAUCAGGGCAACAUUAUACAUCUACAUAUGUAUAUUCUAACAAUCUUGCCGAAGUAGAUGUCAGCAUAGCUUUAUCUACUCAGUAUUUAUUUGUACGAAAUAAUAUUGUCCUCAGCGGAGGCACAGGGACCACAUUAUGUAUUAAUUUAACAUAGAAUAAUUAGCGGGCGGUAAAUUAUUAGUUUUAACAAUCAGAAAGUAUUAUGGCUACAUUACCAGGUUGCAAAUGUAAAUACAGUGGAACUUCUCUAACUCGAAUCUCCAUAAUCCACAAAAAAAGCUACGAGUUAGAGAGACUUCGAGCUAUAGAGUUUUCUUUAAAACAUAAAAUUAAAAAAAAAAACUGUAAAAUUUAGAGUUAUAUAGAGAUUUAUAAGUUUACUUCGUAUUAAGUUUUAUAAACAUUCGUUAAACAUGUUUUCUGUACUUUUGAUUGUUGAAGUGUGCUAUUUUUUGGCUCUUGACGUAUGUGUCCCAUAACUUUGAUUCAUGAUUUGUUCAAUCCAUAAGUGUAAUAUCAUAUUCUUUUUUCACCUCCAUACGAUAUAAAGUGACUCUUUAAAAAUCCUGCCUUGAUAGUAAAAUUUUAAAUUUUGAAUUAUGUACUGGUCGAAAAGCUCGAUUUAUAAAAGGAAAUUUUACUUCUAUUGCCAAUUCAUGGGUUCGAGUUAUAGAAGUUCAAAUUAUGGAAGGAAAUUUGUAUGAAAGUUGAUUUCUAAACGCUAUUGCCGAUUCAAAAGUUCGUGGUCUUCGAGUUAUAGAAGUUCGAAUUAUGGGAGUUCCAUUGUAUAUUUUUUUGUUCGAAUCACAGAAAACACAUUGCAAAAUAAAAAAAUAGGUGGUUCCAAAAAAGUUU